GAUUCGAUAUUCUGCAAUGGGGCGACGAAGGCGGUUUUCGGUCCUGUCAACCUGCAGCGCCGAAGCGUGAUGGGGCAGCCCUGCAGGCGGCUGAAGCGAGCAGCUCCGAAGAGGGCACUGACUCCUGACAAGCUGGCAGCCGUGGGCACCAUUCUCUUUGGAGCUGGUUCUCCUGCGACCAUCUUGAGGAGCAACAAGUCCGUCAGCAUUCAAGCCAUCUCGGAGCGCACCUACAACAAGUGUCAGACUGGCCAAGAAGAUGCACCGUCCCUCGAGGGGCCAGCGGAGAGCUUCGCGUGCGGGGACUGCGACAGCAUCUUCGCUUCCCUCGAGCACCUCCAGGGACACCGGAAGAGGAUGCACGAGAGGACAGAGGGCAGGCACCGAUGCGGUCACUGCCCCUACUCCAGCGAUAAAAAACAACACCUACUCGAGCACGAGCGCACCCACACGGGAGAGAGGCCCUUCCUGUGCGGCACCUGCGGCAAGGCUUUCACGCAGCAGGGCAACUUGACCAGGCACCAGAAUGUGCACACGGGCGAGCGUCCUCACGAGUGCGCCGAGUGCGGGCAGAAGUUCGCCCAGCCGGCAGACUUGAGGCGGCACGAAAGCACGCACAGCGGAGAGCGGCCCCACGUCUGCCCAGAGUGUGGGAGAGGAUUCGUUGAGAGAGGUCACCUCUCAAGGCACAGGCAAACCCAUUCCGGCGAGAAGCCCUAUGCCUGUCACCUGUGCUGCUACAGGGCCUCUGAUUUAAGCAGCGUGACGAGGCACCUGAUCGGGGCACACUCAAAAGAGUAUCCCCACAAGUGCGGGGACUGUGGCAAAGGGUUCCUGUCCCCAGGUGAACUCGGAAGCCACAUGAGGAGGCAGCACGCCUGCGGUGACCAGAAGCAGUAGAUGAACUCAAUGAUGGGGGAGGGGGAGGAGGCACACGGGGUUGCGCUCCUAACGACACUGGGGAAACCCAAAAACAAAAGUGACACUGGCGAGAUUUUUUUUUUUAAUAAAUAC